AUGACUAGGAUGAAACUCUUCAGUGCUUCCUGGUUAUUUCUAUCCGUUCUGGAACCAUAUCUAGUUAAUGGCGCUAUAAUUGGUAGUAGCUUAAAAAACGAAAAGAGGACUCCUAUUGACUAUGAUCUUUACUUAAGAGAUCUAAGCCAUGAUGAAGUCCCCCCUCUUCAUCAUCUACUAGCCAUCAGAGAUGAGCCUGCUCAUGUGCCAAUACCAAAUACGCGGGUUACACCUGGUAUGCUCCUUGAUCAUAUAUUGGAUACAAACCCGACUCUCAAACCGGUCAAAAGUGAGCGGAUGGGCAAGUUUCAAUUUGAUCGAUAUACGUUCAACCAUUCCGUCUGGAACGGUGGACUGGCAGAAAUGCUCUCUCAUGCGCCUGUGAGAACAGUGGUCAAACUAUCGGAUCUAAAGAAUUCAAAUGCGACUGCGGAAGGGGAAACCCAAGUCACGAAGCGACUUUCGGGGAAUAUUCCAAGAAAGAGGGCGGUUAUGUCUGAAUUCAAUGAUAUAAAGUCGUUUUUUGAUACAACUGACGGGACCGCGUUUCCGCCCCCUCCUGGGGAUCCGGAUUCAACCAAAGUAGGUGGAGUUACAUUCGUAAAACUCAAGCCGACUUACAUGGCCAGAUGCUUCACUGAUAAGGGCAAGUAUGUAUAUGCAAAACUAUCAGAUCUUAGAGAAAUAUCGGACUUCUACUGUACUAUGUUCGACGCAAACAUGUACAAAAUGGCGAGGGGUAUCUCAAUUGACGACCUUGGAGAGUUCUCGUUGGGGACGAUCUACAAGGCUGUUAAAUUGGAAGGAAGCCGAACCAUGCGGGUCAACUUCCAGUUUAUCUAUCAGCCGAAGGGGUUCGAGAACAGUAAGUAUUGGUAUCCGAUGUCCCUGUUCACUGGCAUUCAAGGCGUUUGCCACAGGGUCAUGAGGAAUUUCCUGUCGGUCCCUACCGCGAUGUCAGGUUGCGUAGGUGGCGCUGGCGAUGAUACUCGGGGCGGCUGGAUGGGGAUGGAUAUAGGAAGCUGGUCAGACAAUAGGAUGGUUUUCCGCUGGGCUAUCGAUCCGUACGUUCGUUACAGCAAGGAACAUAAUUACCCGGAUCCUAUGCCUGCAGAAGAGGUUAAUAAUGGUCUUUCUCGUACGGAUCCCAAAGAAAUCUACCAGCCCGAGUAG